UGAACCCAUCCAAAACCUCCCAUGCGCCAUCUUGCAAACUCGCCGAUGAGUAGUUCAUUUCCUGGUUGAAAGUUGAGGAAGUUUACACUUACUGGAAGACAAAUUGACUGAGCGAUGGCUGGGAGAUUACCAGCUGUUGUCAUUGACAAUGGAACGGGUUACACUAAGAUGGGCUAUGCCGGAAACACUGAGCCCCAGUUUAUCAUACCAUCAGCAAUUGCAGUGAAGGAAUCAGCAACUGUCGGGGACAAAUCCGUUCGGAGGCUCGGGAAGGGGGUUGAGGACCUGGAUUUCUUCAUCGGGGAUGAGGCCCUGAAUGCUACCUCAUACAGUGUCAAGUGGCCAAUCCGUCAUGGUAUCGUUGACGAUUGGGACCUUAUGGAGAGAUUCUGGGAGCAGGCCAUCUUCAAAUACCUCCGAUCAGAGCCGGAAGAUCACUAUUUCCUUCUGACCGAACCACCACUAAACACGCCUGAAAACCGAGAAUACACUGCAGAGAUCAUGUUUGAGACUUUCAAUGUUCCAGGUCUAUAUAUUGCUGUACAGGCUGUAUUAGCAUUGGCAGCUUCAUGGACAUCAAGACAAGUAGGGGACAGAACUCUGACAGGAACUGUGAUAGACUCUGGAGAUGGAGUUACCCAUGUCAUUCCUGUGGCUGAAGGCUAUGUGAUAGGCAGCUGUAUAAAACAUAUCCCGAUUGCUGGCCGCGACAUCACAUACUUCAUUCAGCAGCUGCUGCGAGAACGAGAGGUUGGCAUUCCACCAGAACAAUCCCUCGAGACUGCUAAGGCUAUAAAGGAGCGGUUUAGCUAUGUAUGUCCAGACAUUGCAAAGGAGUUCGCCAAGUAUGACCAAGAGCCCACCAAGUGGAUGAAGAAAUACCAGGGAGAAAACGCCAUCUCAAAAAAGAAGUUUGAUGUAGAUGUGGGAUAUGAGAGGUUCCUUGGACCCGAGAUAUUCUUUCACCCUGAGUUUUCCAACCCAGACUUCACCACGCCUAUAUCAGAGGUGGUUGACACAGUCAUUCAGCAGAGCCCCAUCGACGUACGCAGAGGCCUUUAUAAGAACAUUGUGUUAUCCGGCGGGUCGACAAUGUUUAAAGACUUUGGUCGCAAACUGCAGCGAGAUGUGAAGAGAGUGGUAGACACUAGGCUGAAAUACAGCGAAGACCUCAGUCAGGGCAGAAUCAAGCCGAAGCCUAUAGAUGUUCAGGUGAUUACCCACCAUAUGCAGAGAUAUGCUGUGUGGUUUGGUGGAUCCAUGCUAGCCUCUACUCCUGAAUUUUACCAAGUGUGCCACACCAAGGCGGACUAUGAUGAACAUGGUCCCAGUAUAUGUCGUCACAACCCGGUGUUUGGUACAAUGUCCUAGGAGCUUCCCCAUCCAUAGACCUACCAUGUCGAAAAACAUUUCAUCUCCAACAAGUGCUUGCGUGAAAGGGGGAAUCGGAAUUUUGUUAUAAGUUACAAAUAUUAAAGUGAUGUGCAUGUAAAAUGUAAAUGAAUGUAUGGCAAUGUUUCAGAUAGAAGUUGCCAUUAUUUUUAUAAUGCCUAAGGGAAGUACGUAUGAUAUUAGUUGAAAUGAACAUUUAAAAACAAAGUAGUACAUAACAAUUAUAUUGUGUGUCUGCAUACUGUGUGAUCUUUUUAAAAGCUUUUAUUAUUUUGUUACCAGUAUUUUGCAGUCUAAAACAAAUAAAUUGAAAACCGGUGGACUGCCAUUCCAUAGCAUAUAGAUUUUCAGUGUUUACGUACAAAUACAUUUCAGCGUUGGCAUUACUAAAAUAAAUGCAAUGAAAGUGUUAAACCUCCAUGCUGAUUUUAAAGGUGUAAAAGAGUCUAUGCAUAUUUAUGUUAUUUACAUGUACAUGUUUUUUUUAUGUUAAUUGUCUUUGAGAAGUUAUUGCUUUCGAUAGUUGUCUUAUACCAGACAUGUUUUGAAUGCAAUAUAUGUCUGAUUAUUAUUUACAUACAUAACAAAUGGGUAAUGUAUAUUAUAUACAAUGAUUUAAAACAUUUCAAUGAACUAUCAUUGUUUUUUAUUCUAUCAAAUCAAUCAUGUAAGAAUUACAAAACGUUCAUGCAGUUGUUCAUGUUAGCUUUUUUAAUGCUUUGAUGAAAGAUUUUCAAUUCAUUUGCUGUUUACAUUUUUUAUAGUUUGCAAAUCUUUAAUGCUAGUCUAAAAAUGUCAGAUAAUUUUUAUAUGGGAAUACACAUUUGAAAUCAGAUUAAUUGUAAAGGGUAGUGUUUAAUGAAUGAAAAGAUAGAAUAUCAGCCUGCUGUAAUAAUAAUCAUAAUAAUAGGAUGCAAUUUAUAAUUCAGGGGUUCUAAAGUUCAGCAUUAAGAACUGGGGAUUAAGACCUUUUCUGACUAUUGUACAGUUGUAUAGACUGUUAUUGCUAAGACAUUUGCCUUAGAAACUGAAGGAAUUACCUUAAAAUGAAUAUAAAUGACUUUUGAAACAAUUUGAAAAGGGGUCCAAGCCUCUUAACCUGCUUUUGGGCAUGAAUCCCCCAUACUCAAACAGACUCCAGGCUAUUUUUUCAGUAUUCAAAAUUACCAGCUGUUAGAACCCUUGAAAUUGCAUUGUAUCUGGGAAAUGAUCAAAAUACAUGUAUUUACUUGUAACAUUACAAUCAUGAACAUAAUUAUGCCCCCACAAAGUGGUGGCAUAUAGGGUUGCCCUUGUCCGUACGUACGUCUGUCUGUCUGUACGUACGUACGUACGUACGUCCCGAAGAUUGUUUCCGAUCUAAUUCUUGAAAACCGUUUGUCCAAUCCUCACCAAACUUUAAACACAUGUUUGUGACCAUAAUAUCUUGAUCAAGUUCGAUAGUCAUGGAAAUCGCUUUAGUCAUUUAGGAGUUACGGCCCUUUUUUGCCAAAAAUACUUCAAAAAUAUAUGUUUCCAAUCUAAUUCUUGAAAAGUAUGUGUCCAAUCCUCACCAAACCUAACAUACAUGAUUGUGACCAUAAUAUCUUGAUCAAGUUCGAUAGCCAUGGAAAUCGCUUUUGUCAUUUAGGAGUUACGGCCCUUUAUUUGCAAAAAAAGACUUGAAAAAUACGUCCCGAAGAUUGUUUCCGAUCUAAUUCUUGAAAACUGUUUGUCCAAUCCUCACCAAACUUUAAACACAUGUUUGUGACCAUAAUAUCUUGAUCAAGUUCGAUAGUCAUGGAAAUCGCUUUAGUCAUUUAGGAGUUACGGCCCUUUUUUGCCAAAAAUACUUCAAAAAUCAUUAUGGCUUAUUUUCUGUGACAAAAAACCGAAGUGGGGGCAUCCGUGUCCUAUGGACACAUUUCUAGUUUUCUACUUUAAUUGUUAUAACUUGGCACAGGUGAGCAAGUUUGUAACUUCUUUGAACAAAGUAGUCUGUGAUGAUAAAGUCCUGAUAUUAAAAAUAUUUAAAAAAAGAGAUGUCAUUUUGAUUCUAAAGAUAGACUUACAUUUGUGGAAUUGAAUUUGCAAGAAUCAUUUUGUAACUUCCGUAAUAAAGAAACAAUUAUUUUAAUUGAUAAAAUUAAUGUAAACAAUAUACGCAGUAAGCAAGGGUUUAAUAACUUAAUAUGCCUAUAUCAUCCUGUUCAUGAAGCAUUACCAUGAAACAUAUCUUAUUGUUGAUGUUCACCAUGCCCCCAUUCUGCUUUUUAUUCUAUAUUAUCUUUAUACCCCCUUGUAAAACUGAUUGGGUCUUUUGUGAUGAUAAUUUACAGGGAGAAUGUUAAUCACUUGUGUUACACUUUUUGUAACUAUUUCAAUAAACCCCAGGUAUAUACUAGUAAGUGGGGUAACAAUUCAGCUAACUUUAUUUUUGUCUCUUUAAGUGCUGGCUACACUUAGUGUAUGUUUAUGUACAAACUUAGCUGUGUACAAAGAGUGAACAAAUAUGUUGAUUGUCUGCGUACAAUUUGUCAAUGUGGACGUUGAAAGUGUAAUGAUUUUUUUUUCUUCUGUAUGCUAUGUACUUUGUAUACUUCAUGUCAAGAAAAUCCUCUAAUAUAUCAACUAUCUUCAUAAUGUGGAGGUGAUUAAAUCUUACAUAUAAUAUA